GCACGCACACACACCCACCCAACACGGGCUUAUGCUUAUGUAGGAAUUGUUGUGCGUAGUGGAUGCUGAAGGAGACACGUAUUUUCUAUGUAAUUUUUGUAAUUCGAUUUUUGUUUUACUAUUUAUCGCUUAAUAAAUAGUAUUUUUUUUUGCUUUUUAGGGCUAAUUUAAUGCAAAUAAACAUUGGAAACGAUUUACGUGCGAGCCCCUGCGUUCGCUACGAUUCUACCAUGGUAACGCACACAACACCGCUGAGUUCAUCCGAUGUGAUAGUAUUCGUGCAAACAGUCGCACCCAAAUAGCAUACACACAAAUACACACAUGCACAUGUACGAGCUUACUCCAGCCCGUCUAUGCUAUGUGCAUUGUUUACGUCGCAAAACGUGUGCUAAAGAUGAUUCUUUCUCUAGCAAAGUCUAGUCAAAGGGUUUACAGAUAAAUUUAGCAUUUUACCAUAUAAUGCAUACAAUUUUUAUAGAACGCUUUUUUAAUUUAACUACCCUUCAAAUGGCUUCACUCUCGCACAAACAAAGAAAAGGGCAAGGAAUCAUCUGGUGAAAUGCCUUCCAUUCGUCGUCACGCAGAACUGUUGCCGUGUUUACGACGGGUUUGCAAAUGUAAAUAAUACGGCUGCUUACGCACAUCACACCCAACAGAUCGGCCCGCGUUAAUCGAGCCUCAAGCGAGCCUCUCCGGUUUGCAGAAAUGCAUCGAAAUAUGCAAAAUAAAUCGAUUAUCACACGAGAGGCAAUAUCAAUAUCACACCAGCGCGCGAAUCAAAAUGCGAUUAUGAUUAUUCGAAGCAAAUAUUUGCAGAAAACCAAAACAAAAAAUAAGUACGAUCGUUUCUCGAUCGAUCCACCACCGUCAUACCGCGGGUGGAGAGAAAGCCAAUAAACCUAUUCUACAACUGUUUGUACCGGUGAUUGGUAGGUAGGCUAUAUUUCUUGCACUUUUUUUGUACCUUUCCCAUCGGUCUCUUCGGGUCGGGUACCAGAGUUGCAACCGUCGUUGCUCGUUGGUUUGCUGCUCGUUUUUAUGGACGGAUUUUCCAUCCCCCAUAUCUAUGCUUCGCCUGAUUUGCUGCUGUUCAUUGCUAUGCUGUUAUGUAGUCACGUAGGCAUUUGGUCGGAUAAACGCAAUCUCACAGGAUUCAUUCCUAUGCUGCGCGUCGACCCAUCCGCACGCAAGCACACACACACUCAACACUGCUGUGCGUCAGUUUAUUUAUUAGCACAGCAAAAAAUGAGGGGAAACGAAGCAGCGCACAACAAGAAUGAACCUUUGUUGUGGAACAUUCGGAAAUGGAACAGCGGAACGGUUCAUUUUGUGCAAUCGGGUGGGAAAGGAAUGAAUGGGUCCUUUAUAUACACGGAAAACAUAUGUUCCGGACGGGGUUCGCACAGGUGGAACACGUUUAGCUUACACUGGCUCAAAGUGGUUUGCGUACAGAUGGCACAGAUCGGGUGGGAAUUUAGUUAAGGGAAAGAAAAAUGAAAGGCUUCAUUCAAAAGGGACAGAAAUACAAUAAGGACAAAAUUAAUUCAGGAUUAAAUACCAAAGAAGUUCUCACAAUUCAAUCAAGUUAAAAAAAAAACUUAGUAAAAAAUCCAUGGAAAAAGAAUAAUAACCACCGAGGCUUUAAACGGUUUAUCUCAAGUAAAAGGAAGCCAGAAAUGGCAGGCUGAGACCUCUCGAAGUUGUAGAGACAAAAAAGAGGGAGAAUUCAAUACUACCUAGACUAACCCACACAAUCAUCGUCCACUGCUAAAUGUGACCUUACCUACCGACCUACAAUUUAUCUCCCAUGUACACACAUUUGGCAAUCAACAGGUUGCAGGUGCGAAGGGCGAGAUUCGCGGCGUGUUGCCAGAAGUAGGUCAAGUUCAACGAACGCUAAAAUCAAUACAGCUGAAAACGGUUUGUUUGAUCGAUGAAAUUUUUCAUCCUCACCAACAGCUUCGUAGAAAGUGGACACAGUGCACAUUACGCUCUGCACAAGAAAUUAAACAUAUUUUAAACAAGUUUAAAAAACACUCAAAACCAGCAUCACCAUGGAGGUUAUGGAGGAAGGCAAUCUUAUGGACAGAAUUCCGAUUCUGCUCUCGCGUGAUUUGCAGUACUACGAGGCAAAUCAGAAAGUUCUGCAGGAGAACAUUUGUGCCGGUGUGGUCGGUGGCAAGCUGGACUUUCCCCGUUCGGCUUCAUUUGCGUCGGUUAAAAUCGUCAUUUGGUUGGAGGACGAAUAUUAUGCGGCGUAUCGUAAGAACUCGGGUUUGCUGCAUCUAGCAGACGCGCUGCAAGAUCAGCAGGGCAAGGAACCGGAAGAGGCGGCCGGAUGCGGUGGUAUCGUGAAGUCUUCCGAUCCGGAAAAGUUUGUCAUACUCGUUUCCAAGUCGGUGGACAAUUUACUAGAACACAUUCAUACCUUGUCGCAGGAAGCGCUCGAUCAUGCGGAUCUAACCGUGCUGACGGCUACAAUCGGUGCGGCAGCCCUCGUGAAGAACAGCCUGUUCGUUUGGCUGCAGUGCGUCACGAAGAACGUGUGUCCCCCGAAAGGAGACGAAAAGGGUGGAUCGCUGAAGCUCAGCUACAAACAGUACUCGGAGAUGACGGAAGCGUUGGCCGAACGUUUGCUCGAUCUGCACUGCCGACUGUUGACGCUUUACAUCACCCAGGAUGCGGACUGCUUGCACUGGGAAAGCCCCCAUCCGUUCUUUGAGUCGGAGCGUGGUUCCUACACGAUCCAGAUGUGGUGGCUGUACAUGCAGGGGACCAAGCAAGACCUCUGGAACUCGGUACCACCGACCAUGGCCCAACGCGUCUUUGCUGGCAUGCUGAACGAAACGUUAACCGUGCUGACGGUGCGGUACACGCAAACGAUACCAAGCCGGGCCCGAUCACCGUUACUGCUGGUCGACGUUUCCAACAUUCUGCUGUGUGUCGGUGAGCUACUGCCAGCAAUCUGUGCGAACGGUGAAGCUUUCGUGGGUCUUAACCUACCCAGCCAGAGCAAGAUCAUUCGCGAUAUUCACGCCAAGUGUCAGGAACUGUUCUGCUGUCUGUUGCUGCGUGGUAUUCCGCUUGGCGCACUGUACAAGGUAGCGAAAAAGGGCGUACAGGGAGGGAUCGCAAUGUUUGGCCAGCGGCAGGGAUUGAUUGUGCCGUGGACCAUAUUCACAAUGCCCAAGCUUUUUCCACCGAACCUGAACGCACACUGGGCUGCCCGUUGUUCGGAGUUGCCGACCAGCACGGCACUCACACUCGAGCUGAAGGUACUUCUAGCCGCGCCGCAAGCCAACUGGUGGCUACUGCUCAAGGUACUGCUGAUGCGCGAAGCUCACCUGUCCUCGCUGAUCUUUCAUCAUCUGAUCCGCAAUCUGCCGUCGUGCGAUAACUUUAUCCCGAGCGCUCGGCAACCAUCCGUCAACCGGGACUGUCUGUCGAAGAAGUGCGAGGGAUUCCUGUGCGGGUUGGAGUGCAACGAUAUCGUGCAGUGGGCGCUGGAACAGAAUGAUCCGAUCGGGCAGUCCAACUAUCAGGUGCUUAUGGGGCUCACCUACAUCGUCAUCAUGGCCGGUAAGACUUCCGACAUCAACAAGACGCUUAUCUCGGCCCUGGAGAAAAGCAAAAUGAACGAUUGGGCAUCCUGCCUCGAUCGCCGUCAGGUAUGGAACCAGAAGCGUCCCCCAUGGCUCGAAGCCAUCCUGCAUCUGAUCUAUCCGAUCCUCGGCCCAGUCGUCCAUAUGCUCGUAUCCGCCGUUCAAACGACGGCCAGCAUGUAUCAGGCGAUGUCCUUAUCGCUGUCCUGCUUUUCGGAGAUGUGGGACUGCAUUCCGGACUGUCUGUACACCGUUACCAACUGCCUUACCGAGAUCCUGCCAGCCGAAAUACGUCCGCUCGGUGAUUCGGUGUUGAUACAGCUGCUCUACAUUGCACUCUACUCGAAACUGCUCGAGGUAGCGGAAACGGAAGCGGAGGCUGAAGCGAAAGAGCAGGCAGGCGGUAAUGCAGCCUCCCCGGACGUAGCCACCGCUCCAGUGUCCACCAUCAACAUGAAACCAAAGUCGGUCAUUUGUCAAACGCUGGCCGAAGCGAUCUGCUUCAUCGACGAGGACAACAAACACACCGAACAGAUUAACUCGCUGAUCAGCCAGGCGCGGGAAAGUCAGCGGUCGAUGGGCCAGCUGGAGAAUGACAUUGAUGAUGCGGUGGGAUUGGCCAGCUUUGCCAGCACAUCGCGGGUGGACGAUGUGGAAGCGUUCCUGCGCCAAACCACACCGAGCGUACGAUCGGAGGAGGAGUUCGAUGUGGAAAAUGCGGAGUACAUUGCCGAAAUGCUGGUCAGCGAUGUGUUGGUAACGAGCGUCGGGAAGCUGAGCAUGAAGAUGCUGUACCAGUACAUCCGGAAGAAUUUCGAUUGGAUUCUGCAGCAGUUGGGUGUGAGCGAUGUUGAGCACAAUCCGCUGCAACCGAACCCGGGCCAAAGCAUUCGCGAGGAGCGGCAAACGUUGAUUGACCUAAUGUUUCACAUUGGGCAUCGAUCGUUCGAUCAGCUGCUGAGCGGCGGGCUGGACAUUGACUACACGAAGUGGUUCCAAACGCCCAUGUCGAUGAGCGUAGAGAAGGCUUGGCUGCAGGUGUGUCAGCGGUGGGAGUUUCAGGAGAGCGCCAAACUGUCCGUGCAUGAGGCAUUGAUGGUGUCGUUCAUAACCUCGCAGCUGAAGCCCUAAACAUUGUUGUGAUGACCUUGCAAUAAUACUUAGAUACUAGUCGAAUAUUUGGUGAAUACUAUUCUCGAUGCAAGCAUCACAAGCUCACCUUAUAACGUGAGUCUUUUAUGAUUCAAUAAAUAUAUGACAGUUUAAAUUGAUUCUACCGUGCGUCUACUUACGGAUUAUACCAAGCAACAGGAGUUUCCGAAACUGUCCUCAGUUGGACGGCUAACGUCUUCUGCUUAUUUGAAACAGCAACUUCCGGUAGGUCUUAUUUUCAGUCAGUCCUGCUUGGGAAGAGACGAUCCGGACGGAAUUUGCGAUUCUGGUCGUGGUUGCUACCGACCCGUUCCCGAGUCACCAUGACCAUCAACCGGCCUUUCUGGCUUCCGACGAUUACAUCCCAUAAGUCUCUGUGAACCUUAAAUGAAUCUUCCGAAUGGGUUUCACGGACUAACUAAGAGGACCCCCUCUGCCUUGAAGGGUUGGACUGUUCGCUGCCUUUCUGUUCCUCUUCUUGACUCG